AUGGCCGCAGCAACUCGCACCUUCCUCGCCUACCAGCACGAUGCCAAGCUCCACCAUCUUCAGACCGUCGUAACGGGGGUUCGAUCGUUCGCCUCGCUCGAGGAAUCCAACCGUCUUCUUUUCAAACAGGGUGGCGACGAGGACCAUGUCGUUGUCACCGAACAGACCAUCUUUCAUCCGCAAGGAGGCGGCCAGCCUUCGGAUGUUGGCGAGAUGGUGAAUUCUUCCGGAGUUACCUUCAUCGUGGCGUCGGUCCGCAUGGAUGCCAUCAACGACGGACAGGUGCUGCAUUUUGGCCGGUUUAAUAAUCACUCCUCAUCGUCAUCGUCUUCCACUCUUACGUUCUCCGAGGGGGGGACCGUUCAGCAAGCAAUUGACGUCGAGAAACGCAUACUCUACUCGCGAUUUCACACCGCGGGGCAUGUUCUCGGUGCAGCGGUCCGACAUCUUCUGGAGAAGGAAGUCGAGAACUUUGACGAGCUGAAGGCGUCGCAUUUCCCCGACUCCGCGUCGUGUGAGUUCCGGGGACUUAUCGAGGGCAAGUGGAAGGAAUCGAUUCAGAAGAAGCUGGACGAGUACGUUGCGGCCAAGAUGCCGGUGGAAAUUGAGUGGUGGAAUGAGGAGGAUUUCCGGGCGCGGGGCUUGGAAAGGCUGAUCCCGGAUCGCAGUCUCGUGCCGGCCGGGGAGAAGUCGCGCGUGGUGAACAUCGUGGGCGCCGAGGUGUAUCCUUGUGGGGGCACGCAUGUCGAAACCACCGAUCUCUGCGAUCCUACGACGGUGAAGAAGAUCUCGAGGAGCAAGGGAACAUCGCGGGUGAGCUAUACGGUGACAUGA